ACACCUUUGGGUAAACUGACAAAGGAGGGAAUAGCCACAGAGGCAUGCCCAGUUUUGCCCCAAAGUGUGAAAAACAUUUUAGAAGUGAUGCGGAACCAGCUUCGUAACAUGGGUACUAGUACUUUGCAGGUUGCUAUGAAAUCUCAAUAUAAUCAUGGACAACUCAUUGAUGCCUUCUGCAACUUCAUCAUCGACGGAAAGUCUUUCUUUAGCUUCAACUCAACUAAUAAUACCUGGACAGGGAGCGGUCCUGAUGAUGAAGAUACCAUGAGGCAAUGGGAGAGAAACAGAGAAGUCAACCAGGGUCUAACGAAGCUACUCAGGGGAGAUUUCAGUCACUGCUACAAGGAAAUGUGGACACUCUGGAAAGAAACCCCAAGAUCAACAAUGAAGGCCUGGGCUAUCACCCAGCAUACAUCUGCCACCCACACUCUACCUACAGUGAACAGCGCCCAAUCUACAUCUGGCACCCAGAGUCGAGACAUGACCUGGGUGGUGAUUCUACAUAUAGCAGGAUUAAUCUUCAUCGCGUUGAUCACUUAGGAGUCUUUGUGGUUGCUCUGAUGGUGAAGAAAAAAGGUAAGGUGCUCUCUUCUGCUUCUCCACUUCUCAUCACCAGCUGUGUUGGGUAACACUUGAACAUUGCCUGUGGCUUCUUCAGCAAAGACACUAACACAUGUAUUUAUGAAAUAUGAAAUGAGGCUGGAGAGA